UUUUACACGGCAUACCGGUUCUGGAAUGCAAAUGCGAAGGAUAGCUAAGUGUGUUGCGUGGAUUAAGAAGAAAAAUUAAGGACUCUGUGUGUAUUAAUUUGAGUAUAUACGUAUAUGUGUAUUAAUUUAAAUAUAUAUGUAAACCAACACCCCCACAAUAAAUCGUUCCUGUGCAACUAAAAGAGGUUCGUGACAAUGUCAGGAAAUUGGCCGAUACGCGCUUUGAUUUAUAUGUUCGCCGCUGUAAUACUGAACCUGAUUACCUCCGCGAUGGAGAUGCAGUCUAAACAGCAAUAUCAAAUAUACAGAACAGAAACUGGCUGGAACGCGGCGAUACUCGAGAAACAUUGUAAAAGCGAGCCUCAACCGGUGGUCGAGUAUUACAACUUGAACGGAACACAAUACUUCUUUUUCUCUCAGAAAUUGACGUGGGAUGAAGCGCGAGUGUUGUGCAGCAAUUACAACGCGAGGCUCGCCAUCCUAGACACCAUGGAGAAGGCCACGAGCGUUGCGCAAGCGAUCGCGGAUUCCAACAUAGAGAUAGAAGAAGACUCGUGGCUCGGAGGCCGACGUUUGGGAAGCACGUGGUCGUGGAUACACGAUCGCGUUGAGUCUUGGAGGAACACCGAGAUACCCGUGGAGCCGAACACAGAAGAUUACCCCCCGUGGACCAGGAGACCGUUGCGACCAAUGAAGGAAUGCCUGGCGAUCGAUCGUCGUGUUCAUUCUCACCCCAACUUCAUCGACCUCGACUGUCGAUUGCAGCGGCCAUUUAUUUGCGAAAGAAAAUUCGAAGAGGACGUCGGGAAACCUGUGCCGUCCAAGUGGUUGCGGAUUCAGCAACGCACGUAUACUCUGUACCACGCCAGGGUUACCUGGGAAGAAGCCGCGAUACACUGUCGUUUGUUGGGUGCCAGAUUGGCGAUCAUGGAGAACUCCAACGUUAUAGAAAUUCUCGCCAACAGCAUGACGAGGACUCGACCCGAUUUUGAGACUGUCUGGAUCGGAGCGUAUUACUCUUACGGACAGUGGAUGUGGAUGCCCACGGGCGCGAGCCUGAGCCCGAUCACGGACAGGAAGAGUGGCUACCCACCGUGGAGAUUCGGCAGGUCCGAGAGGAACGACGGUUGCCUGCUCCUUGACCGACACAUAGACAACAUGCCAAGCUUCGUCGAGACGAAAUGCGACCGCAAACGGGACUUCGUAUGCGAGGAAUAUCCGGAAGACCAGAUCAGCAACUGGCUGAAUGAGCCGAUAAAAUUCACGCACAAUGACAGCAUCUACGUCAUUUAUCCGAUGGAGAAGAGCUGGAACGAGAGCAGGGCGUUCUGUAACGAGCAGGGUAGCGUGCUAGCUUAUAUGAACGACAUAAACGUGACCAAUUUGAUAGUCGAGGCAAUGGGCGAUCAUCCCAAAGAUAUAACUCACGUGUGGAUCGGAGGACACCUGAUCAAGCCGAACGAGUGGCGAUGGACGCAAAGCGGCAGAAGGAUCUCGGAGAAUAAGGACUCAUCUGGAUUCCCACCGUGGGUAAACAUAAACGAGCAACUCGAUUAUUAUACUGGAGUGUCGAUCUGCCUAAAUCUGGAUCGUAGUGAUCAUGUGAAGCCGCAUUUGUACGGCCUCGACUGCAACAGCAGGCAGCCGUUUGUUUGCAAAAUAACGUGUGAUAUAACGCCAUUCGUGAGCAACGGCAAUUGGAUGUGCGAGCAUACGCGUGACGGCAAACAAUGCAAAUUGCAUUGCGACAAAGGAUUUAUAGUGCUGGGUGUGAAAAAUAUAUCGUGUACGCAUCAGGACGGGUGGAACACCGUGAAAAAUUGGCUUGAGGUGCCACUUUGCCUCGCGUCGAGGGAUUAUACGAGACGAAUAGUGAGAUCCUUGGAUCACGAUCUACAAAGCAGCGCGGGCUAUUACUUCAUUCUGGAUCACGCGAACAAAAGAAUGCGAUCGCUGUCGUUGCGUUUUAUCGAACGAAUUCUCAAUAUCUUUCCGGUAAAUUAUAAUCUCAAAAUGGGAAUGUAUUGCAUGGCGACGAAUCCGCCGGCUCAAUUGCCGUUCAAUCAAACUGACACUUGCGCCGUGCUACAUGCGAUUAAGUAUCUCGCGACGAAACUGAACGCGACAGACGGUCGCCAAGAAACGCAUUCCAAUAUCUUACAGCAGCAUCUAUCCGCGCACAAAGGAAAGAAAGUUGUGAUAUUUACUGUCGUCGACACGAACCACAUACCUCGCUACCUGGAAAUUCUAGCUCGCAUGAAAACUAUCAAUAAUAGGAUUGUUGCGAUCGGCUCGGAAGACAACUGGGAGAUUCUAUUAGCCUUAGCUUCUAUCGGUUUCGAUCGUCGUAAAAAUCUUUACCUAUUCGAUACAACUGAAUUCGACACGAUCAUUAGAGAACUAUACAGUUUCAAGAAAAAGACACUAAAAUGUCCAACGAAACAAACUACUAUUAUCAACGUACACCCAACUGAAGUAAACACAAACUUAACUCUUCAUGGACCUAAUAAUACAGAAAAUAUUACAAUGCAAUCUACCAUUCACGAUACUUCGACCACACCAAGUAGUUUUACUGAAACUGAUCAAUAUCAAGAUGACACAAAUUUACAAGAACAAAAAAUACCGCAAGAUGGGAAUACAAUGAAGAAGGAUCAAGAUCUGGAGUCGAAGGAACAAUCACUGUGGGAAGAUACGGUUAAUGAAUAUUUAUCAGAUGGCACGUUCGAAGAAGAACCUGAAAAUUUGUAAAAUAAUGUAGAACAAUUUGAUAGUUCCUGCAGAAGUUGCGGCAUCCAUCCUAGUGACACACGAAUAUAUAUAUACUAUUGCACGCUAUUCCAUCUAUUUUCUAUACGCCUCACGAACGACACAACGCACAGGAGACAUUCACCCAAAAUCAUCAUUUUCUUUGGCACUUUAUUAACGUAAAUAACAACUUAUGAAAUUAUAUAUACAAAGUCUUAAAAUAAUAUGGCCUAUGAUGAACGAUAAGACGACAUGCUGAUCCUGUGGAAACGAUAUAUCAAUAAUAAACACGUAUACCAUUGGAGAUGUUAGAUGAACGUCAGCCUAAUGAAAUUCUGUUCUACUUAAUUUUAUAAGAAGACAUUUGUUUUACAUAAUUAUGUAAUGAAAAAUAAAGACCACAUAAACGAA